AUGCUAAGAUGGUUGCGAUGCGCCGGUGGGCGUGAAUGUUCCAACGGUGUCAGACUGCUACAAGAAUGGAAGCAGUGGGCAGAAAGUUGCCCGGGCGGCUGGCCAGUCGAGAGCGACAAACUGGCAAUGGUUACACAAAAAUACGGGCAGAUCGAGGAAAUUAUAGGAAUUGGCUCCCACGGUGCGGUGCUGAUGUCACAUAAGACUGGAGGAACCUGCAAGCCGCAGCCCAACCGCUGCUACGCUCUGAAAAUUUUUUCGCAAGGGCAGGAGCCAAUGCAGUACGAUCAUCGCAGACGAGUGAUAGCAAAGUUCCCAAUUGGAUACUUUCUGCAUCACCCGCAUAUUAUCAAAACAUUCGAUCUCCUACCUGUGGGCUACGGGAACCUAUGCGCCUGCAUGGAAUACUGCUCCGGCGGAGAUCUACAUUCCCUGAUCGUUGCCUCUCGUCAACUUCUGCCAGAGGAGUCUGAUUGCUUCUUCAAGCAGCUGGUGUGCGGUGUUCUGUAUCUUCAUAAGAUGCAUAUCGCUCACCGUGAUUUAAAGCCCGAAAAUCUUCUCCUCACCGAUCGCGGCUGUCUCAAGAUCUCCGACUUUGGAAAUGCAGAGUGCUUUCGCAUUCCUCGAGAGGACCGAGUACAUAUGAGCAGCAGACGUCGUGGUUCGGCACCUUACAUCUCUCCGGAGCAGUAUCUCGAAGAGCCAUUCGAUCCAAGGAAAACAGAUAUAUGGGCUGCGGCUAUUGUUUACAUCGCAAUGCGAGCAGGAAGGAAUCCCUGGAAUUCAGCGACUGAUCGGGACGAAUGCUUUAGGGACUACCUCGAGGAGCGAAGGGUUGGGAAGUAUAACUUCCUGAUCAGAGAGAUAUCCCAUGAACAUAGCUGCGAAUUGCUACAUUCUAUGCUAAGUAUCGAUGCUGCGCAUCGACCCGGAGCAUCCGAGUUACUUUCCUCACAGUGGCUCCAGGAGAUUCGUUGCUGUCAGGCUGCGAGGUCGGGGUAA